UGGUCCAGCAAAACCCUAAAACAAUAAAACUCACAUCAAAUAAAAUAAAAAAUAAUAAUGCAAGGAGAUGCCGGUUUGCCCUCGUAGUAUCAGAAACAAGAAGUUGCAGUCAAAUCACUGAUCUCAACGCAGCCGAAGUUGCUCGUUGCCGUUGCCGUUGCCGUUGCCGCCGCCGCCGCCGCCGCCGCCGCCAGAAACACUGACCACCGACAUUCCACCUUCCGGCAAACCGGCUUCGUCCUUCCUCCUUUCUCAAUCGUUUAGUUCUGUUUUUCUUUAAAUUAUCGAUAGCGGGAACACUCAAGCCAAGGACAUGGCAAAUCAACCAAAUGAAAACCAGCAAGCACCAAGUUCUGCAUCACUUAUCCAGAAAACUGGCGAGGAUCAAGUAGUCAGUGGCCCUUCUGCUGAUGGCUUUAUAGAUUCAUUGGAAAACCGGUAUCAAAAAAUCAAAGAGCAUGCAGAAAAUUAUCGUUAUGUAUGGGCUUCCUAUAUUCUUGUAUAUGGUGGCUUUGGUCUCUGGACUUUCUAUAGAUGGAGAAAGCUUCGAAAGACAGAGAACAGAGUGCGCUCACUUCAAGAAACACUACGAAAGCUUGUUGAAGCUGAAAAAUCUGGUAAUUCUGCAAAAGUGGUUGAAAAGGGUUCCGCAUCUUCUGAGAAGAAGCCUUCCAAGUAGCAUACGCUCCAAUAUUCCUUUCCAGUUACAAGUGCCAGGUAGUCUUGUUUACUGCCACUGAUAUCAUUUUUCUUUACCAUCAUGGUUGCCGUUGGCUCAGAAAAAAGAUUCUUUUAGGUCCUCUGGUCAAACUGAAUCGUCUUGAAUCUCAUUUUUCCUUCCAAAGUUUUGAAUGGUGUAGCCUUUUAGUCAAAUAAUAUAUAGCUUCAGAAAUGUUAUUUCCAGGAAUGUUUGGAUUUAUUUAUGGAAAGUGAUACAAUGGAGUGAAAUGGGAUGAUUGAAUGUAAGAGAUCCCAUUCUAGAUUAUUGAAAAUAAGGAUAGAAUGAAAUCAAACAAUGCAAUCUAUCUCGUUUCAUGGCUUCGAAAUCCAAA